AUGACCCUCUUACUCAACGUGAUCCGCUCCGCCGCCCGACCUGUCUGCUCCGCUCGCGCGAUCCCUGCGACGAGAUCUUUCAGUCUAUCCGUCCGCACACCGUUGGUUGGGUUCUCACUCGGUACAAUUCGCUCUCUUCCUCCGGCAAAGGCUUCUUUCCACUCGUCUGCUGCUCGUACGGGCGCGUGGGGACCUGGCCUCUUUGAGUGUGAUCAUAUCCUAGACGAAGUGAUUUCCGUCGAGGAGAUUAAUGGCUUUCCUCUCGACUGCUUCAUGGACGAGUGGGAGGGCAGGGAGGAUGAAGCCCGCGCCAGACUCACGCGGCCGCACAUCACGUCGGUCAUGCGCAAACUCACUUUCGGGGCUGGAAUGGGUGACAGAUUCCCCGUCAAUCCCUCCGUCGUCUACAUUGCCUGCUGUAUGCGCUUGGGCGUGCAGAUCUACAAGAAGGAUCUGCAGCUCGCCGAGCGGUACGUCAAGCUUAUCCUACGGAGCAACAAGGGCAAUGACUACAUCUUGGGCCAGUAUCGGCCCCUCCUCCAGGCGAUCAAGGAUUACAAGAACGACGGCGAGACGGCGUGGGAGCCCAGGGAAUUGGGGCUGAUCGCUACUAUGGUCAUAGGCAAAGAUAACGCUCAGCUAUACCGCGAUGGGGUUGAUGAGGAUAUUAUUCUAGCUCGGCUGGAGGCCGAGAAGGCGGAGAAGGAGAAAGAGAAGAACGAUCAGGCUACUGGGGCGUAG